AUGUCGUCGACUCAAAACAACGAAAUGAAAACGUUCGGAUAUAGUGAACCUGAUUACACUUCAAACUCAUAUCCAUCUACAUCUUCUCUUGGUCGCACGAGGACUUUCGGUUCGGAGAGAAGUCUAAAUUCGGAAGACACUCUUCAUAAUGUUCCGUCGCUCAUAGUGGAUACGCUGAGUUCGCUAUCUGGAAGGAAUCGUGGCGCACAUUCAUCAAACGUCGUCGUGGAUGAGGAUGUAGGAGAAGAUAGAUUGAAGGUGGCAAAAAGAAAGGAGAAUAUAAAUGAGAAGAGUGAUCCAUCUAAUGAUGAAGAACGUUCUUCGAAACGACAGAAACUGGAUGUUGAAGAUAACAAAAUCGAAAUAACUCUCGGCCAGCUGCAAGAAAUGGAAAUAAAAGGAACAGUUUUGCGACCAAUCUACUCGGAGAAAUUGAGCGAAUUGAGAAGAAUCAAUCUUGAAAAGAUGUUCGACCCACAAAAUGCUUCACUUCCGACGAUCAUCGUGUCCAAAACUGAUACGAACAAGUCUCAAGCAAUCUCCAUGGUUAUGUUUGAUGUCGAAGAUGGAGUGUUUUCGUCGGCAUGGCCACAUUGUUUAUCGUUGAAGUUCUCGGAAAGCUUCACAUCGGAAUCAUCUGUCUCUUCGCGAGUGGAAUUGAGUUUGAUCCCGUCUCACACACGAUUCGACGCUCUUCAUUUUCAAAUAUCUGAAAAAGACGAUCAGCGACACAGAAAUGGCAAUGCGUUCUUUUUCCAAAAUCUUCCGAAAGAUGAUAUCCCACUGAUGAUUACCAAGAAACUGGAUCUCAUCAUUGCGGAACCAUCUGGAGAAACAAUAAACCAUCUGAUGGGAAGAUGGGCGGAUGACCAAAUUACGACGACUAUACUCAAUAGUUCGGCAUAUGACGGACAAGGACAAAAUCGAACGUGUUUAUUGUGUGGAGGAAGACUUCUGAAGCCAGAAUCAAGAGAAUCGGCGCCCAAUUCGUCAUGGUAA